AUGAAGUCUAUCCUAGCCCUCACACCCGUCUUCCUGUCCGCAGUGUCGGCCGCUGCCAUCGAGAAGCGCCAGGUCACCCAGUUCGACGUGACCAACUUUGUCGCAGGCUGUACCACUGCCGGGACCUGCUCCUGGUCCUUUGAAUUCGCCGAGACUCCCGGUGGUCCCUCGUUCAGCUGCGCCGGCACCGCACCCGCCGCGCAGCCGGGCAACAUCUUCCCCACGACGUCGGGGACGCACGCGUGCAGCGACCCGGCCGUCAACUUCUUCUUCCAGCACAUUGCGCCGCUGAGCUCGUACCGCAUCGUCGUCAACGACGUGCGAACGGUCCCAGGGAUCGGCGGGUCGCACGCCUUUGCGGCCAGCGAGUUCUCGUCUGCCUCGGGCGCGGAGCAGUACGUCGGCACUGGGUCGUUUACAAUCGUGCUUCCCAAUCCUUAA